AUGUUUACUGCUCGUCGUAUUACUGCUUCUCUUGCACCCCGUGUUGCUUUCAGAGCUUCUGUUCGUCCUACUGUUCCUGUAGCUCGCAAAGCUCUUGUCAGCACUACUGCUACUCGUUUCUUAAACACUACUAUCGAACAAAAGCGCGCUACUGUUCAACACCCUGCUCCUGAAUGGUCUGCUACUGCCCUUGUUGAUGGUGAAUUCAAGCAAGUAUCCUUGUCUGACUUUAAGGGCUUCAAGGUCUUGGUCUUCUAUCCUGCUGAUUUUACUUUUGUUUGUCCUACUGAAUUGCUUGCCUUCAGUGACAGAAUUGAUGAAUUCAAGAAGUUGGGUGCUGAUGUCAUUGGUAUUAGUGUAGACAAUGUUCAUUCUCAUUUAGCUUGGACCAAUGUUCCUAGAAAGCAAGGUGGUCUUGGCAACAUCAAGAUUCCUCUUGUUUCUGAUAUCAAGAAGGAAAUUGCUACUAGCUACAAUGUCUUGAUCCCUGAAGAAGGUUUAGCUCUUCGUGGUUUGUUUGUCAUUGAUCCUAAGGGCAUUCUUCGUACUGCUACUAUUCACGAUUUGCCCAUUGGUCGUUCUGUUGACGAAACUUUGAGAGUUAUUGAAGCUAUCAAGUUUACUGAUGAACAUGGAGAAGUCUGCCCUGCUAACUGGAACAAGGGCGAAAAGACAAUCAAGCCUGAUCCCAAGGGUUCUCAAGAAUACUUUAGUUCUGCCAACUAA